GGUUGAAUCGGCGAAGCGCAUCGCCCACUAAGAGCCCUUUCCCGCUUUCGCGCUCUUCUUUACCCCCCAUUGCCACGAUUGUUACUAUUACAGCUCAUACCGCGCAUCGGAUCUCUGCACAAGUGAUAGACCGCAGUGGAUACGGAAUCAGGUACAGGCUGGAGGCUAUCUGCGAAGGUGAAACAUCCGGAUCUCGACGGCUGAUGCUUGCGCCCCAGGCAGACUCGCGAGGUGCACUUCGCUCCCUUAUCACUAUCAGCGCCCGCGAAUGAGUUGUCGGGCCUCCGCCAGAGCCAUUUCGUCGUUGUACCUGCAUUAUUGAGACGACUAUCACUUCAUAACCUCUUGCGGCCCUUGCACGCCGAGUCAUCGUCAGGACUAUAGGUCCCGCUUUCCGCGUGCGCUCGCCCGCGAUCUGAUCCCUCCUGGUCCAAGCUCCUACUUUAUCAUAUUCUAUUCUAGGAUACUGCAUCGUCAGUCGCAAUGGAUUCGCAGGAUCAACAACAACAGCAGCAACGGGCACGAUCCCUCUCAACGGGGGUUCAAAACCGGAGCCUCAGCCCGUCCUUUCCCCCGCAGUAUCAGAACACCUCGUCCAGUCUCAGGAUUGAUCCCGCCCUCACGGCUCAGGCCUUCCCUGCUGGAACAUUCAAUGCGAAUCCUGUGUCCAGCGCAGCUGAUUCCUAUAACUUUGCUUCUGCAUACCUGGACACCCCCCGGUCUGCAGAGGGACAGUUUGCGCAAAACCAGGGAUAUGCGCCGUCAUUCGACUCUGGUUUCGUAAAUCAGCUGGAGCAACCCGGUCAGAACACCGGCGCAGGCGAAGAGAACUUUUCCAACUUGCUCAACUCGGACCAAUCGAGUUUCGAUUUUUCUCUGUACCAGAAUAACCCUGGGGAGUUCGAUCCAUCUUCACUUCUCGAUCCACAGAUUCAGCAAUCGCAGUCUCCAAAUCAGUCUGUGAACCCUGCUGAUCUUGUCAGCGCCAUGUCAUCUCCUCACAAUCCUACCUCGCCUCAUCACCUGCAGCCGGACCAGCACUCUUCUCCAGGCCCCGCGUCACCGCCGUCUUCGAACCCGGGUAACUACUACCAUCGCUCCCAUUCGCGCCAUACGUCCCUAGAUCCGGCAACUGCAGCCUAUAUGACCGGCCACCCACAGUCAGACUGGCAAGGAAUGCUAGGAAACCCAGCUUUCCAGGGCCACAGGAGAGCCCCGUCUGAACACUCGGAAGUAUCGUCAGUAACACAUUCCCCUUACAUGUCUCAACAUGAAUCGUUCGAUGCCAUCGAAAACAAUCCAUCACCGCUCCUGUCAGCGCAAAAUGAUCCCACUCUCUACGAUAAUGCGUUGGGAAUCGAGUCUUUUACUAUCUCGGAGCAACAGCAACAUGGCUUUAGCCCGGGUCAUAGCCCUUACAUAUCUCCGCAGCUGGGCCCGCAGCAGACUUUGGAUGUUGGGCUGGAUACGCAAUUCUUGGCGUCCAACCAACUGAAUCAAUUUCCGUCCCCGUCGACUGAUAUGUAUCUCGGGGGUGACGGUUCAAUGGCAAACAUGCAAGGAAUAAGUGCUGCGGAGAUGGGACAGGCAACACAGAUGGCGCCGCCGUCUAUCAAUGUGGAGUUUGCACCUCCUUCUCGGAACCCUAGUUUUGGCCCGGGAAAACCGCCUGCCGAUAUGGAUGCUCUGAGCCCUCCUACUAUCCGUUUGCGAGGACGUAGUAAAUCUGACCCCUUUGGCCGUCAAAUGACCCGGCCCAUGACAUCUAGUUCUCUGUCUCCGCAUCUACAACCUCAGGCCUCAUCUCCAAGAUCCCUUUCACCCUUGGAUCCCUCUCCGCGUUCCCAUAGUAAUCCUGGAUCACGUGACCAAUCGCCCUCUAAAUCCGCGAGACGACAGUCCACCUCGUCCCUCGAUAGCCGUAGCUAUCUCCUAGAUCUUGCAGAUCCACAGCGUCCAGGAGCUGCUCCCAGUGACUCGAAGCGUACACAGAAGCACCCAGCGACAUUCCAAUGUACGCUCUGUCCCAAGCGUUUCACCCGUGCUUAUAAUUUGCGCUCUCACCUCCGUACUCACACGGACGAGAGGCCUUUUGUUUGCACUGUCUGCGGGAAAGCAUUUGCGCGCCAGCAUGACCGCAAAAGACACGAAGGCCUUCAUUCAGGAGAGAAAAAAUUUGUCUGUCGCGGGGAACUUGCACGGGGAGGUCAAUGGGGAUGCGGCCGUCGUUUUGCUCGUGCAGACGCUCUUGGGCGCCAUUUUAGGUCCGAAGCAGGCAGGAUCUGUAUCAAACCACUGCUCGACGAAGAAGCUCAUGAGCGCGACCGUGUAUUGAUGGAGCAGCAACAGCAGCAACAGCAGGGUCAUCUCCAGCCUGUGCCUCAACCCAUGAUUAUUCCCGGUAUGGAUGGCCAACCUACGGGUGGCUUUACGCUUCCUGCCGCGUUGCUGGCUCAGUAUCCUGCAUUGCAGACUUUGCAGUGGGACCAGAUUGCUCCAGCGGCAGAGGAUCCUAACGACAUCAGCGGACGUAGCAGCUUUGAUGCUAGUUCUGGUGGCGAAUUUGGAUACGACGAUGAUGAUUCUGGCCUCAAUAGUGGCUAUAACAGCAAUAGAGGAUCAAUGUACGGAGUCAACCAAGGCCAAAUAGCCUAUGGGAUGAAUGACUGGGGCCGUGCGCAGUGAGAUAGCGAAGCCCCCCUGCCUAUGGUUAGGCAAUCCUUCUGAUGCAUUUCAUUAACUCUAUACCGCUGCGGGUCUGUCGGUGCCUUAUCCCGUUCCAUGCGGGGUUUUCUACGAAACACGCCCCAUUUACUUUUUUGUCUCUGCUUCCUCAGAGGAAUGGAUACCAUAUAGAAAGAUUCUGCGGCGUUACUUCUGGAGUGGAAAACAACGGGGUUGAUUUGGAUAUGCUCAUCUUGACGCCUUUUUUGGGUUUAA